AGAUCACACUUCUGACAUCAUGACUGGAGUUACUCUGCACUUGUCACGUGAAGGAGGACUAAAAAUGUCAUUAGGAAUUUGUGUAUGUGAGUUUGGUUCUGCCACAGGAAGUCUCACUGUUUUAAAAUUACUACUUCAUGUUGAAAGUACUGCUCAUUUUUAUCCAACUAGUACACAGUUAAUCUGCAUGUAGGUCAAUUAAAAUCAGUGUAUUUCAGAGAAAGUUAAUUUCCCUCUCAUUAUAUUUAUUUAGAAACCAUCAGCAACUUAAUGCUUUAUUCAGAACUGGUUUUGAGAUGGACUCUAAAGAUAACUCACUGGUAGCAGACAACUUUGAGAAAGUCUGAAUCAUUCUGAGUGCAUGAGUGAAUGGAGAGCACUUGUGUCUUAAAGCGUGCUGAAAGCAUAGCCUAGAGGUUUUUUCCUGGAGAAACAAACACUGAUUUUGAGGGAAAAGUGUGAUCUGAAACACAAACAGAAGGCCCAACUUUUCCCAGAACUCUACACCUAGAGCUGCAGUCAAUUCUAAACAGUUUUUUAUUUAGAUGCAUCAUUCAGAAAAUUAUGUGCUGCACAAAUAAUUUGACAAUGUUCAAAAACAAUCUGAAAGACUGAAGAAAUUGAAAGCAGAAGUUAGAACCUGGAUGAGAAGUAACAUUUCUGAAGACAAUAAAAUAAGCCUGUCCAAAAUUUCUGAAAUAAGAACAAUAUUAAAAAGUGAGAUACAAAAAGCGUAAUAUUUUAAGAACUGCAACUAAAAAAAAAAAAAUAACUAUGGUUCUGUCCAAAUACAUUUUAUUUAUUAUUUGUUUUACCACUGUCCUUUACAGCCCAACUGAUUUCAGUUCCCUUUACUGCAGGUGUCGUACUGCAGAGACGAGUUCCCUUGAAAGGCUGCAAACAUAAACAGACAUGAAAGAUGGCACACAAGGGAAGGGAAUGAUUGAAUCCUUUAUGAGAUAAGUAUCUGGAAAAGGGCAGACAGAGUGAUUUGCCCAAAGAUGCCCAAAGUAAGUUUUUAGCAGAGCUCAGACAGAAUUUGAGCUUUCCACUAUGAGGACUGAUAUAUUAUUUUCAUAACUCGGCUGGGUGCUUCCCACAAAAGGAUCUGCUGUGAAAACAAGUCACCUUUAUGUCCAAAUUCUUGUCUUCUGAAUGUGAAUUAUUCCUGCAACUAGGCAAGUAGCAAACACGCUCUCCACCCAAGGCCCGUGUCCUCUCCUCUCUACAUGCCCUGUUACAGAAAGGCUGUCUUUCACCUGUGGCUCAAACCCAUGUCCUGCAUCCUCUUUUCUCACAGCCUGAAAACAAAUUAAAUCUUUAGGAAAAUCAUAAAGGAUGUAAAAAUACUGAAGGCUGUAAAUUACCUUGGAGCUACCUUGCCUCCUUACAGGGCUGCUGUUUCAUACCACACCUAGUCAUUAGAAUCAAUAAUUUUCCAUGCAGUUAAUGUUUGAUCUACUGAACCUCUGAGGGCAAGUCUGAGGAACUAUAAACUGGAUAAGCACAGACAGACAUCACCAACCUGUGCAAAGGUGAUUCCCACAGCUGAAAGAAAGAAGCAUUUUUAGAGCAAAAUAAGCUUUUCAUGUUGCAGGAGCUGAAGCAAAGCAUAUUCCAGUAUGCUUAAGCUGUGUGGACUCCAAUUUCUGCUUCUCCUUCAGUCGGCUAUGUGGCUUAAUCUGGAGGGCCUGAGUGUAAGUGGGCCUCUGAAGGACAUGGACUUCUUUGUCCAAGAAGGAGGGGGUUCACGCAUCCUUCACCAGUUCACACUUGAGCCACCUGCUGUGAGUUUCAGAAUUUCUGGUGAAAAAGCUGGAAUUAUUGGCAUUGAGCCAAGGACAGGCAUCCUGUACAUCAAUGGGUCUCUGGACUGGGAGACCAAACAAGUGCACAAGCUGCAGGUGGAAAGUCUGGAUGAAAGUGGAAGCAAAGUUAAAGGUCCAUAUUCUGUUACAAUAUAUGUGGAGGAUAUCAAUGACAACCCACCAGAGUUUGACCAGAAAAGGUACUUUGGAAUAGUGAGGCAGAACUCUCGUCCAGGCAAGCCCUUCAUGUAUGUCCAUGCCACUGACCGUGAUGAUCCCACAACUCCCCAUGCUCAGCUGUCAUACAGCAUUCUCCACCAUUUUCCCAACCCAUAUAAAGAAAUGCUUUUCCAGAUUGAUAAUGCAACUGGAGCAAUCUCACUAAGCAGGACAGGCUCUUAUUACUUGGAUCCUCAAAAGCAGGACUUCUUCACACUUGUUGUCUCAGUGAAGGACAUGGCAGGGACAACAAUAAAUGCUUUCACCAGCACUGUUGAUGUGAUCAUCACUGUGAUGGAGAGCCUGUGGAAAGCUCCUCCCAUCAUCCACAUCAGAGAAAACUCAACUCAGGUCCACCCUGUCAACAUCAGCAAGGUGUGGUCAAAUGAACCAGAUGUAAUUUAUGACAUUUUUGAAAAAGAAAAGCUCCCAAGGCUCCCAUUUUCCAUCAGUAUGAAUGGGGAUAUUUAUGUGACAGAACCAUUGGACAGGGAAGAAAAGGAUACUUAUACAUUCUUUGUGGUGACAAAAGAUAACACGGGAGAGCUGGUGGACAAGCCUUUGCAAAUUCAUGUUAUUGUGGAUGACAUCAAUGACAACCCCCCUGUGUGCCAGAAGACCCUCACCAUAAUUGAAGUUCAAGAAAAUGAAAUGGGAGGAAGUAAUAUUGGCACCGUGCUUGCUAUGGACAUGGAUAAGGAGGACACCCUUAACUCUCGUCUGCGGUUCCAAAUUCAAAGUCAGGAACCUGAAUUUCCCGAAAAGAAUCUCUUCUAUAUCCAGAAAGACACUGGGGUUUUGCAAUUAACUGGCCGUUCCUUACGCAAGCGUGAAUCAGCCAAGUAUUCCUUGAAGGUCCUGGUGACAGAUUUAAAAUAUGAAACAAUCUGUGAUGUGGAAGUACAUGUCAUCGACAUCAACGAUCAAAUUCCCAUCUUUGAAAAAUCAGAAUAUGACAGCGUGACCAUGGCAGAAAAUAUGCCAAUAGGAAUUGUGGUAUUAGAAAUUCAAGCUACUGAUGGAGAUGAGCCUGGCACAGGGAGCUCUCUCAUCAUUUACCAAGUGAAGGAAGGUGAUCCAAACAACACGUUCAUCAUAGAGACAGACUCUCAAACAAACCGAGGGUUUGUCAAGAUUAACAAGGCUCUCGAUUUUGAGACAAUGCCUGUGUACAACCUGGUGAUCAACGCCACAAACCCCGAACCGCUGGUGCCACACGUGCAGUACAACUCAAGCUCUACUACCAAGUUUAAAGUGUUUGUAAAAAAUGUGGAUGAGCCACCUGUUUUCCUGAAUCCAGUUUACAAAGCAGAAGUGUCUGAAGACAUUCCUGUCAAUACCUUGGUCAUGACGGUGGAGGCCUAUGAUCCUGAAAAGGAUUCUAUACGAUUCUCCUUGGAAGGUGAUGUGAGAAAAUGGCUGAGAAUUGAUCCAGCCACUGGGCAGGUAUACACUAAUUCCCCUCUGGAUCGAGAAGCAGAAGAAAUAUACUCAAUAGAGGUUGUUGCAUCAGAAAAAAAUAACGCAGCUCAGAAAUCCAAAGCACCCUUGAUUCUACGCUUACUCGAUGUGAAUGACAACCCUCCAGAAAUAGCUACGGAUUAUCCUACUUUCUUUUGCUACCCAGUCAGUGGAGGAGAGAGAACUCUUAUUAAAGCUACUGAUGCUGAUAAACAGUAUUUUUAUUCAAAAUUUACUUUUUCCCUUGCGGAUGAGAUGAAUACAAGAAAUAACUGGGAAAUCUCAAAAUUCAAUGCUACCCAUGCUUACCUGUCCCUGAAACAUGCUAACUUUGAAGAGAAGGUGUAUGAUGUUCCAAUAGUACUUAAUGACAAUGGAAAUCCGGCUUUGCAAAACAAAGUGAAUCUUAAAGUAAACAUCUGCAAGUGUUCCAGUGAAAAUUCAUGUUUUAUUGAAAUAGACCGUGAGCACUCCUGGCCAACUCCUGGGCAGGCAAUUGGGAUUCUCCUUGGGGUCCUGCUCAUCAUUGGUGCCAUUUUAGCGGGUGCAUUUUACCACAUGAAACGCAAAGAGAAAAAUGAAAAGAGCCAUCCCAAAGAUGCAAAAGAUAAGGCUGAACUCAGCACACUGGCUUAAUGACUGUUGCAUCAAGAGACCAAACCACCUUCUGGGUUGUGGAUGAGUGAACUUUGAAGCUUCCAAAGCCCAGAGGUAUACUAUCACAAUAGGAUAAAACCAUGCAAAACGAGACUCCCAGGGGUUUGGGCUCAUUUUUGCACCUAAUACUAUCUAGUCACAAAACAUAAAAUAUAUGUAACCUUCAGCAGCAGCCAUUAAUAAACAUACCAGCUUUGACUGAAGUGUUAACUCAUGACACCACCAAAUGCUGAGCUCCUUCAAGGAUCUAUACAUGGGACCAGUCCUCUUCAUCUGCCAGCUGAAGUAAAUACGGACUUUUCAGAGGACUAUAUUUUGUCGACCUGCACAUAUUUGUCUCUUUCCAACUCAGUAAGCCACUGAAGAGCAGACUGGGGAAUAAAGUCCUAUGCUACAUUUGAAGAUACCCUGUGAAGCUGUGGGAAUCUCUCUGACUCUCAUCAAAGGAGUUCACAAACUUAUUACAAUCUGUAAUAUGCCCUGGGUCAUGCUUUCUUACAUUAUGCUGAAUUUGUAUUAUCAAUGUGACAUUUCAGUUUUUCUUUUUUGAUAUCACACAGAGUAAAACCAGUUUGUGAAGUGCCAUGGCCUUUCAUUACAAUAUCCAAGUUAAAAAAAACUAUGCUGAGUAAUAUGCAGUUUUAUCUUACUUCUGCAAAUAUUGCUCUUGUGCCCUACACAUAAGAAUAAAAAUGUUCUUUAAAGAUUUUAGUCCCUGCUUAUUUUAUAAAGUAACUAAAAAAUGAGGAAGUGCAUAAGAGCAAACCAUUGCUGCUUGGUUCUCUGUUGUAUUUAACCCUUACUUUCACAUAGUACAGAUUAAAAAGUGCUCUCAGCCAGAGUGAUAUGUGUCCAGCUGCUUCAGAUGCAACGAUUGCUGGAGCCACUUCUAUCCUAGUUACAGUAAAACGUAUUUGAAGCCAGGGUGACACUCAGAGAAAAAAGUCUUUCUCCUGACAGCAUGCCUAUAGAAGGGCAUUUUUGGUGACAGUUUGAGGGAGGCUUUUCUUUUAAGCUAUAAAUAAAAGCUGACAAAUAUUGUGUUAAACUGAAAAGACAAUAUCCUUUUGAAAACAUUCAAGAAAAGGUCGUAUGGAAAAGAGUAUAUUUGUUUAUCCAGGAUUUUUUUUAAUGGCUUUUGCAGCACAGAACUAGAAAGAAAAGAGCAUUUUUUUGGUAGCAUUGCAUUUGUAAUAGGUUUUCCUAGAAUGCUGCCAGCAAAAACUUUGCUUUUGGGCUUCAGCAACACAACACAAUUGUUGUACCUCUUACCCCAGCUUCCCCAGCUGUUGGAGCUCUGUUAUUUGCUGGGGGCUCACUGCUGGAAUGUAUUUAUUUUAUGAUGGGAAUGUAAUCCUUUAUAUUUGGAAAGUAUGACAUUCAGUUACAUCAGUGUGUCCAGGGAUUAAGAUUAGUAUAUUGUUUUAUAAAUAAAGGAGACAAAGUUCA